AUGAACAAACAAAUACUGGGCCUUGCUCUCACGCUCUUGCUCUGUAUUUCUUGUAGCGUAUUUGCUUUGGACGCAACCGUUUACUAUCAAAAUGGUAAAUAUGUUGUUAAAAACGGAUAUGAUUUGCAAUCUGGUAUUGCCGCAGCACAUUAUGAUGAUAGUUUUGAAGCUAAAGGAUGGGAUGUUCUCUCUAUCGAAACUAAUCACUUGACCAAGGAUGAUAUGCAAAGUUAUGGUGCUGGUUAUUUGGAAGGUGUAUUGACUAGAAAGAGAAUUUAUAAUCACUAUGUCAAUAUGCACACUUAUUCAUGGGCCAGUACUCCUGAUAAGAAAAUGCCACAAUAUGUGAGAGAUUUCUUUGAAUCUCAACGUGCUUGGGUCAGAGAUUCAUCUGCCAAGUAUGCCAACGAUCCUUUCUGGCAACAAAUCAAGACCGUUUACUUGCAAAUGGAAGGUCUCGUUCAAGGUUACAAUGAUGCUACUACUGAUGCUUCCGAAAAAAUUGAUUAUGCUAGCAUGCAAGUUAUGAGCUCUUUUGGUGACAUUUUCGAUAUUCUCAAUGUCAAGAAGGAUUUCAGACCAAACUUUAACAAGAUGACUCCUGCUCAAGUUAUUCAAUUCGCUCAAGACAAUGGUCACUGUUCUGCCUUGUUCAAGGUUACUCCAGAUUUCAGUAAUAUCUACUUUGGACACACAUCUUGGUUUACGUUUAGUCGUAUCUACAAGACUUACACUUUCAACUUCAACAGCAGAUUGGUUGCUUCACCAAAGGUUACUUUCUCAAGUUACCCAGCUAAUCUUGCUUCUAAUGAUGAUUUUUACAUUACUCAAAGUGGAUUGGUUGUUAUUGAAACAUCUAACAAUAUUUUCAAUACUUCUCUCUAUGAUUUGGUUAAGCCACAAUCAUUGCUCUGUUGGCAAAGAGUUAUUUUGGCUAACAGACUUGCUGAUGAUGCUCCUUCUUGGAAUGAUAUCUUCUCUGAAUAUAACUCUGGUACUUACAAUAACCAAUUCAUGGUUUUGGAUACUAAGAAAUUCGUUCCAGGUCAACCACUUGCCAAGAACUUGUUCUGGGUUGUUGAACAAAUUCCAGGUAAGGUCGUUGGUGGUGACCAAACUGAAGUUCUUAGCUAUGGUUAUUGGCCAAGUUACAAUGUUCCAUUCUAUCCAGAAGUUUUCACCAUUUCUGGAUAUCCUGAAAUUUUGAAGAAACCAAAUGCUUCUGAUAUGUUGUCAUACGAAACUUGUGUCAGAGCUAACAUCUUCAGAAGAGAUCAAUAUAAGGUCAACUCAAUUGAUGGAAUGAAGAACAUACUUAGAUAUAACAAUUGGAAGUAUGAUCCACUUUCUCUUGGACAACCUGGAUACGCAAUUGCUUCUCGUAACGAUUUGUCUCCAACUGCUACUGAUGCUACAAGAAGCUGCAGUGGUGGUUAUGAUACUAAGGUUUCCUCAAUUCUCGACAUUAACACUGUCCAUAUUAUCAAUGGUCCAACCAGUGUUGAUCAACCAGUCUUUGCUUGGAAUGGUCAAUGCCCUGCCAAGUUCAGCCAUGUUGGUUUGAAGCAAUCUUUCAAAUAUGAUUGGAUGACUGUUAAAUGGAAUUAA